AUGAAGGUCCUUUCUUUUACUAUUGUGGCUGCCACGGCUCUGAUCACGCCUGGUCUGGCGGCGUUUCACCCCGGAGCCGCUAUCAAGGCAAAGCCACCAGUCAACGCUGGUUUCAUCAUCGAACUUGAGCCGAAUGCGUCAAUCAAUGGCCGCGAGGUCGGCGAAGAUGCGCACUCUGCUUUCCAUCGCCGAGCCGAAGACGUCCUGGAUUACUCUGUUCGUCACGAAUUCAAAAAUCCGGACUACUUCUAUGGCUUGUCAAUCAAUGCAAAGGAUGAUACCGAUGUCGACACUCUGCUUGCUCUACCCCAGGUCAAGAAGGUCUGGCCCAACAAAUAUUACGACCGCCCCGUACCGGUUGGUUCUAGCCGGGGAUCAAAGACUGUCAACCCCUCUGUUCCCAUCGGAGUGCAGUCCGUCCAGCUCAGAGCCGCUGCACAGGUUGUCACCAUCAAUGGCACCAGUGACGUCCUUUCCAGUCUCAAGAUGACCGGCGCUGACAAAGUCCAUGCCCAAGGUCUGACUGGAAAAGGCAUCAAGAUUGGUUUCCUCGAUACUGGUGUUGAUUGGCGUCACCCAGCCCUGGGCGGUGGCUACGGCGAAGGCUUCAAGGUAGCGGGAGGCUAUGAUUUUGUGGGUGAUGACUUUGUUGGCUGGAAUGAUCCAGUCCCGGACGAUGACCCAUUGACUACCUGCUUGGAGGGCGGUCACGGUACCCAUGUUGCUGGAAUCCUCGCUGCCAAGGACCCUCAGGGCGUUGGAUUUGGCAUCUCUGGUGUUGCACCUGACGCAUCUCUUUAUGCCUACCGCGUUCUCGGCUGCAGUGGAGGUGUCACUGAUGAUAUCCUCAUGCAAGGCUUUGAGAGAGCUGCUAGCGACGGAGUUGACCUCAUCAGCAUGUCGAUUGGUGAGACAACUAUUUGGGAGGGUGGCUCACCGUACAUUCCGAUUUUGUCCAAGAUCCAGUCCCAGGGCAUCGGAAUCGUCAUUGCGGCCGGCAACGAGGGCGACACUGGCCUUUACGUUUCCUCGGCACCAGCACAAGACCCCAGUGCAAUCUCAGUCGGCUCCGUAAGCGACUUCCACUUUGCUACGGUGUACAACGCUGCUGGUUCGGAUGGUUCCACCAUUGAGUACGGUCGUGUUGUUCCCCUCAACGCUUCAGCACACUUCAAUGUCUUUGUUGCGGACGACGAUAAUGGAGAGUGCGUGGACCAAGCAUGGGAUGAUGCGAUUGCCAGCUUCCCUGAAAAGGGCAGUGUGGUCGCAUUGGUCACCGCGAGAAGCGACUGUUACUACGAUAUCCUGGAUGCACGGAGCAACUCAUCUGGCUUCACGAAUGUCUGGGCAUGGUUUCCUGAUACCAGUGACAUGUCCAUCGACGAGCCAGGUGCGAAUGGCGCCAUUGAUACGGUCAAGGUCAAGAAGUCUGAGGCAAGCAAAAUUCUCGCCGGUAUUGCUAAAGAGGGCAAGAACUUCACUUUGACUUUCGAAGACCAAACCGUUCAUCAGAUUGAUCAGCCAACUGGAGGCACUACCUCAUGGUUCUCAACCUUUGGGCCCACAAUGGAAAUGUCGCUCAAGCCUCAGGUGUCUGCACCUGGAGGAACCAUUCUUAGCACAUGGGUUACAUCUAACGGGUGGGGAUAUGCGGUCAUCUCGGGCACAUCGAUGGCAACCCCUCACCUUGCGGGUUGCUACGCUCUUGUGAAGCAGAAAUAUCCUAAUCUGAGCCCGAAGGAGAUCGCGAGACGUUUGCAAUCGUCCGCAACUCCUCUAAGGCAAUACAACGCGACCGACAUUCUCACCACUACCGCUCAACAAGGCUCGGGAUUAGUCAACGUCCUGAGAGCAGUCACAUCGGAAACCGUUUUCUCUGCAACCGAGUUCAACCUUCGCGACUCAGCCAGACCCCUUGAUCGGAAUUUCACCAUCGAGAACUUGUCAUCUUCCCCCAAGACCUACACGCUGGGUCACAAGCCUGCAGCGGAAGUCAAUGGACUACCAAAUGGCAACAGUCUUGACAUCAACGACAUGUUCUACUGGGCGCUCAACUUCAAUCCUAUCUACUCGGAAGUGACAUUCACAACGAGCUCCCUUACGGUUCCAGCUGGCGGCAAGGCGACUGUAGAAUUUACGAUCACCCCUCCUACUGUCGACGUUUCCCUCCUGCCGACUUACAGUGGUCUCAUCACAGUCACCGAAGGAGAGGAGAACUUUUCCAUUCCUUAUCUUGGAAUCCCGUAUGCACGCGGCGAACUCUCAAAUAUCUACACAGGAGACUUGAAGAAUCUUGAUGUCUCCCCAGUGCCCCCUUCUGGCGUUCCUUUGCUGCCGUUUAUCAGUUCUUCUGACGCGGGAAUUCGCAAUAACGACAAGACGAUUUUCACAUUCCCCGCCAAGAAGGUUGCCGAGAACCAAACACAGACUCCUGACAACGACCCAGUUCUCACAAUUUUCAUUGACCAACCAUCGGCGUAUGUCCGCUUUGACGCAGUACCUGCAGACAUAGCGUCUAACCCCGCUUACAACUUCACGCCGUCAACAUAUGGCUAUCUCCCGGGACCCCAAACGAACGCUACCGUAUUUGUCAACACGACUGUCACUACUCCUCCCCUGGACCUGGAAACCCUUGACCACGUGGCGGGGUUGAAGAGUUAUGGCCUCAUUGGCUUAUUGUGGGGUGGCGAUGUGCCCCAUGGAACAGUUGCUACCAACUUCCGAGGCUACAGCGUUUAUAGCACUGAAUGGUCUUGGGGUGUUGUUGAACUAGCCAACGGAACUAUUUACCAAUUGCCGAAUGCUGAUUAUCGUAUCUUGGUUCGGGCAUUAAAGUGGGGAGGUAAUAUGAACAGCUCGACUGACUAUGACAGCUGGCUGAGCCCGAUCAUUGGGGUUAACAUCACAGACCCGGGAUAUCCCAACCCCUGGCUCACUCAUGUCGAAAGUGGCGCCUCGGGCCAGGUUGGCUUCUCCAACGAGGGUUACUGGGGCAUACCGGUUGAUGGUAGCCCCCACUCGCAUAACAUCUUUAUCCGUGAGCUUGUAGCCGGAUCUUCAGUAUGGUUCGCGUUUCCGCAGCUCUACCCUACCACCUUCCACAACCGUUAUAAUGGAUUGAAGCCAUCUCUAGCUAAGGCGGUGGAUAACAUAGGGGAAACAUUUCUCAGAUUCCCCGGCGGCAAUAACCUAGAAGGACCAAAUGUCGAGAAUCGAUGGAAGUGGAAUGAGACGAUUGGUGCUCUGGCUUCUCGCCCCGCUCACCAAGGAGCUUGGGGAUAUCCAAACACAGAUGCUCUGGGUCUUCAUGAGUACUUUGAGUGGUGUGAUGACAUGCAACUCGAGCCAUUUCUGGACGUCUAUUCAGGGUACUCUCUUGACGGCACUCAUAUCACUGGCGAGGAUCUGCGGCCCUUUGUUGACGAAGUUAUGCGCGAACUCGAAGUAAGUCCUAAAGUCCACAACAUACCAGAUGCGUGGAUCGACUACCACGAAUAUAAUGUCGUCCCUGAAAACUACAUUGUCAACUUCGUCCAGUGGGACAAUGUCUCCCGCAGGAAUAAAUACAUCAUCGGAGAAAUGGGUCGCUGGAACGUCCAGUGGUCGGACAUGAAGGGCUCAGUUUCCGAGGCCAUCUUCAUGCUUGGACUGGAACGCAAUAGUGACCUCAUCCGAGAUGUGGCGUUCGCACCCUUGAUCAGUCUUGUCGAUCAUCAGCAAUGGGCUCCCAAUCUGAUUCCGUUCAAACAAGCCCCUGACGCUAGAGUUUACACCUCCAGCUACUGGGUACAGCAGCUCUUCGCGCAAAACGCCGGAUCCAUGACACAUGAGAUAAUCUCUGAUAUUGGAUUUGAUCCGGUCUUUUGGAGUGCUGUAAGCGCUGGGAACAGCUUUGUUGUGAAGCUUGCCAAUUAUGCUGGUGAGCCACAGCAUCUAGAUAUCGAGAUUGCAGGAAAAAGGUCUGUGACGCUGUCAAUUCUGGGCCACGACAACCCCGAUAGUGCCAACACCCACGAUGCAGCUCCAAUCUCGCUCCCAGUUGUGUUUCACAUUGAGUCGUCCGAUGGCAACUUCAGCUUCCUCUUGCCUGUAUGGUCCGUUGCGGUUCUUAGGACUGACUGA